AUGGGUUCAACUGCGCCCGUCACCGCUACCAGUCCACCAGAGGAUGGUGACACAACCAACGAAUAUGUGAAUCCCUUGGACCAAAGUCCUCGUUGGGCCCUGGCAACGAGGGCAUUUGCAAUACGAUCUGGUGCUAGCCUGGGCUUUGGUCUUUCACAUGUUUGGGCUCCGCCGGAGCUGGCGCCCUCCAAAGUUAUAUGGCUCGACGCUCUCUUGGGAGAUUGGAAGGCGAAGAAGGCUAUUCGCGUUGACGUCUGGGAGCCUCCCUCACCGCUUCCAAACACGGAUAAGCCAAACUUUUCGUCCACCUCGGAGUCUUCUGCUUCUGAUUUGCUCGCGCUAGCAGCUCCAAAUGUCAUCGUCAAGACCCCAACGGACGAAGUAGACGAUAAUGCUAGCAUCAAAUCAGGGUGCAGCAGCGCCAUAUCAAGGAGCAGCACGAGGAGCAGCAACUCCAAAUUGGGCACUGCUAAGAGGCCUAGGAUUCACAAAAUGGCCAGCAACUUGAGUUCAAGAAGCUCAAGGUCACUGGCCAGCAUCCGGUCCCGAUUAUCGAGAAGUAACACGGCCUCUGGGUUAUCUUUGGACUCGAUCCCCAGACGACCCCUCGUCAUCAAUUUCCACGGCGGCGGCUUCGUGGUCGGCGAAGGCACAGACGAUUCGCGGUGGUGCGCAGCCGUUGCAAAAUCCCUGAACGCCGUCGUCUUUUCUGUGAGCUACCGCCUGGCUCCGGGGUAUCCAUUUCCCAACCCUGUAGAGGACUGCGCCUCGGCCAUAGUCCAGAUAUGCUCUCAGGAUAUGGCGUCUCAGUACGGUAUUGAUACCUCACGCGUGGUUCUCUCGGGCUUCUCAGCCGGCGGCAACCUCGCUCUUGCCAGCUGGGUCGCCCUCCAGGACCCGCCCCGCUGGGGCUACGAAUCGGUUCUGCCUUCUCCGCCUCUAGAGAUGGCUGGCCUAGCUCUCUUUUAUCCUUUACUAGACUGGACCGUAGCCCGAGACACAAAGCGGCAGCGCUGCGAGCGUCCAGACCUCACACUUCCCAAAGGACUGACGGAUUUGUUUGACGCAUCUUACAUCUACCCGCCCUUGCAGAGUAACAAGCGCGACGACCCGCGUCUUUCCCCAGGUCUCAUGUCAGAUCAUAUGCUCCAGCAGCUCCCACCAGUGCACCUUUGCCUGUGUGAGUAUGACAUGCUUCUCUCCGAGGGUCUGACGUUUACAGAGAGGCUUAGGAGCCACGGAAGAAUUGUCGAGACUCGUGUUGUCAAGGGCGAGAAGCACGCUUGGGACAAGCCGCCAUUGUGGGCACCCAAGGAGAACGCUGCAGUCGAGUACGAGGCUGCGAUUGAGUCGCUAAAGACUUGGAUUGGGUUGGACUAG